AUGGCGUCGCGCACCGUGUACAUCUACGACCUGCACGCCCUAUCAACUUUCCUCAGCCAAUCCAGCAACGCUGGCCCCGAGACCCACACUCAAUCAAUCGAACCCUGGCAGCGCCGCGAAUCAAGUCUCAAAUUCAUGACGCGCGCCGUAGCCUGCAUGCCCAACGACGCCGGCUAUGCCUCCUCCAGCAUCGAAGGCCGCGUCGCGGUCGAAUGGUUCGAUCCCUCCGACUCCUCGCAGGACCGCAAGUACGCAUUCAAAUGCCACAGGCAGCAGACACCGGAUGAGCCCGGUGUCGAUGUCGUGUACCCCGUCAACGCACUGGCGUUUCACCCGGUCCAUGGCACCUUUGCCUCUGGUGGUGGGGACGGGGUUGUGGCGCUGUGGGAUGGCGUGGCGAAGAGGCGGAUUCGACAGUACCAGCGCUUUCCGGCGAGUGUGGCGGCGUUGGCCUUUAGCAGCGAUGGGAGGUAUUUGGCCAUUGGGGUUUGUUCCGGGUUUGAGGAGGGGAAGGAGAGGGAGCAGGAGGACGCUUCUGAAGGGGUGGUGAAGGUGUUUAUUAGGGAGUUGGGAGAGAGUGAGGCGAAGGGGAAGGGAACGAAAUGA